GUUCGUGUUGCUUGCCGGUGCUGGAAUCUCUUUUAGAAGAAAAAUAAAAGUAACCUGCUCUCAAUCAGCUUUACCAUAAAUAAAAAUUUGUUUUUUUGAAUUGUUUGACGAUCGACUGACAAAAACAAACCAAUAAAUUUUCAUCUGCGUCGAAUCGCCCUGCACCAUCACAUACAGCCCGAUACACACAUGCGAAUCGGCAACGUUCGACGAGCAUUCGUUGAAUUUUCUUCGCUGUUGAAGUCAAAUUACGAGUAUCUUCUGCUUGUAUCUACUUCCAAUUCGGCUACAUUGGUUAGUUCGACUUUUUCUUCCUGUUUUGAUUGCACAAGAACCGUGCUAUAGCCGCUUGUCAAUUAACAUAUAUUACCCAUUCAAGUCAAAACAGCUACCAAAAACUGAAACCGACACCGACACCGUGAUACAAAUUCAUUUUUCAACUGAAAGAGAGCGAAACAAAUAAACUACCUCCUUCCCUCCCCAAACAACUAAGAAGUGUUAAUCAAUUUAACUGUGGAUAUUAACCAAAUUUAACGCGGACACAAAAUUCAUUAUAAAAUAAAAUCCAAUUGGCUCGUUUAGUGCAUUGAAAAUUGAUUUGAAUUGUACGUAUUUUACAUAUUUGAUCGAUUUUUGUUUUCUUCUUGGAAAUAACAGUAUCAAAUCAGAUCUAGUUAAAUAACAAUAGAACAAAAUUUAAAAAAAAAAAUGGUUUGGCCAACCGAAUACGACAAAGCAUCCGAUGAGAUGAGCAACGCAAGCCAACAAAAUGAUGAGGGUACCCAUCUCCAACAUUUGUGCAACUUGGACAUUGACUCCAAGGUGUCAUUCGUCCGAUUGUCAGGUAUCAUCUGUACCAUUGGACCGGCAUCCAAGAGCCCAGAAGUGCUUGAGACUCUCAUCGGCGCUGGCAUGAACAUUGCCCGUUUGAACUUCUCACACGGUUCAUACGAAUACCACGGUGAAACCAUCAAGAACGUUCGCGAAGCUGUCAAGAACUACUCGACUAAGUUGGGACUGGAACAUCCAUUGGCCAUCGCUUUAGAUACAAAGGGACCUGAAAUCAGAACUGGAUUGUUGGAAGGUGGCGGCAGUGCUGAAGUCGAACUUAAACGUGGUGAUUCCAUCAAGUUGACCACAAACAAAGCCUAUGCCGAAAAAGGAACAAAAGACAUUGUCUACGUCGAUUACUCCAACAUUGUGAACGUGGUCAAGAAGGGCAACCGUGUAUUCGUCGACGAUGGUUUGAUUUCAUUGAUUGUCACCGACGUAACAGCCGACACAUUGACCUGUACCAUUGAAAAUGGUGGCUCAUUGGGCUCACGCAAAGGUGUCAACUUGCCAGGUGUACCAGUCGAUUUGCCAGCCGUUUCCGAAAAGGAUAAGGCCGAUUUGAAAUUCGGUGUUGAACAAGGUGUUGACAUCAUUUUCGCUUCGUUCAUCCGUAAUGCUGCGGCAUUGAAGGAAAUCCGUGAAGUGUUGGGCGAAAAGGGCAAGAACAUUAAGGUCAUUUCAAAGAUUGAAAAUCAACAGGGUAUGCAAAAUUUGGACUCAAUCAUCGAAGCAUCCGAUGGUAUCAUGGUUGCUCGUGGUGAUUUGGGUAUUGAAAUUCCACCAGAAAAGGUGUUCUUGGCACAAAAAGCCAUGAUUGCCAAGUGCAAUCGUCAAGGAAAACCAGUCAUUUGCGCAACACAAAUGCUUGAGUCCAUGAUCAAGAAGCCACGUCCAACUCGUGCUGAAAUUUCCGAUGUUGCCAACGCUGUGUUGGAUGGUGCUGAUUGUGUCAUGUUGUCAGGUGAAACAGCCAAAGGUGAAUAUCCACUUGAGUGUGUUUUGACCAUGGCCAAGACCGCCAAAGAAGCCGAAGCUGCAUUGUGGCAACGCAAUCUUUUCAGCGACUUGGUAUCAAGUGUGGGCACACCAAUCGAUGCAGCCCACUCGGUUGCCAUCGCAUCAGUCGAAGCUGCAGCCAAAACAUUAGCUGCUGCUAUCAUCGUUAUCACAACAAGCGGACGCUCAGCUCAUUUGGUCUCCAAAUACAAGCCAAAAUGCCCAAUCAUCGCCGUCACACGGUUCCCACAAACAGCUCGUCAAUGUCAUUUGUACCGUGGUAUUCUGCCAUUGUCUUAUGAUGUUCAACCUGGAUCUGACUGGAUGAAGGAUGUUGAUGACCGAGUACAAUUUGGUGUUCGUUUCGGUAAAGCUCGUGGCUUCAUCAAGAGCGGUGACCCAGUUGUCGUUGUUACCGGAUGGAAACAAGGCUCAGGCUUCACCAAUACUAUGCGCAUUGUAAACGUUGAAUAAAUUCACUUCAAUAACAUCUCCAGAUGACACAAAGUGUAUUGAUUGCGACGUUAUUAGAUGAAUACAAAGUGAUCAACUAUAUGUAAAACUGUAUUAUAUGUGGUUACAUAAUAAAAGAAAAACAAUUUAUUUGGAAAUGAAUAGUCGCACAUACUAAAAAAUAUAUAUUAUUUGAAGAAAGAACAAAAUUUAUCUAGAUCACUGACAAACAAAUGAAUUUAUAGUUAAUCACUGUUUAAGUAAAUUUUGUUGCUGGGACUUAUUUUCAAUUCUCUCUAUUCUCAAAUCAAUCUAAUAACAACAGCAACAACAACAACAACAAAAAACCUGUUAACUUGUUAUGCGUUCCUUGAAUAAAUGCUGCAAAAGCACUAUACAUUAUGUUACAAAACAA